AUGGGGAGACUUGACGAAGAAUUAAAAGAUAUGGCUUCAAAGGUUUUCUUGGGAAAUGAUCGGGGAACUAGAGUUCUUUUAAGAUCACAUAGAUUUAGGUUUAUGCAAGGUACUGUUAACCCACGAUCCUUGCAGUUUGAUCCUGAGAUAGAAAAGAUAGCCAGAAAACUAAGAAAAAGCGCAAACGAAAGAAAAGCAAAAACAUCAAGCUCGACGGAAACAAAGGAAGAAACUAUGGCUGACAACAACGCGAUUCAGAAUCCUCCCAGAACUUUGGGAGAUUACAUGACUCCAGCCCGAGUUCCUCAGACUUCAAGUAUUGUUAGACCAACAGUGGAUGCUAACAACUUCGAGCUUAAGCCAGCGCUGCUACAAUUGAUUCAAAAAGAGCAGUUUGUUGGAGGAAGCAUAGAAGACCUUUACAAUCAUCUUGAUGAUUUUCUACUUUAUUGUGAUACAUUAAAGAUAAAUGGAGUUUCUCGUGAUGCCAUCUUGCUUAGACUCUUCCUAUGUUCUCUUAAAGAAGACGCAAGAGCUUGGCUGCAGUCACUACCUGAAGAAAGCAUCACCAGUUGGGACGACCUGGCAAGGAAGUUCUUGGCCAGAUUUUUCUCGGCUUCAAAGAUGGCAAGACUCAAAGCUGAGAUCACUGCUUUUGAACAAAAAGAAAGUGAAACCUUGUACGAGGCAUGGGAAAGAUUUAAAGGACUACUCCUGAAGUGUCCCCAACAUGGCAUUGAAGCUUGGGAGAAAUGGAGAAUCUUCUUCCAAGGAAUGAUGCCAAGCACAAGAACAUUGGUGAAUGCUGCAGCAGGGGGAUCAUUGAAAACAAAGAUUCCAGAGGAAGCGCUAGAAUUGCUGGAAUCUUUAGCUUAUCAAGAGUUUGACAAUGCCCCAAUCUCACGCAGGAGAUCAAGGAUCAUGAAGCUUGACGAUUAUGAUGUAAUAUUGGCCCAAAAUGAACAAAUAUUGCAAAUUAAUAAGAAACAACAAGCACAAUUAGAUGCUCUUACAAAGCAAUUUUCUAAUUCUCAAGUUUCUUAUGUUAAUAAUUCUCAAAUUACUUGUGGUAUUUACGCAGGAACUCACGCGACUGAAGAUUGCGAUUACAUGAGGACACCUGAGAAUACUGAAGUCAACAGAGUUUGGUACGAUCAAAAGAACCAGAAUAAUCUGGGGAGGAACCAAUAUGGAAACAACUAUAAUCAAGGGUGGAAAAAUCAAAAUCAACACCCAGGAUUAAGUUACAAAUCAAAUCAUCAGCCGAAUCCUCCUUUACCAAUGCAACAACAGCCCCCACCACAAGGUAACACUUCAGAGUGGGAGAAAGCCUUUGCACAGCUAUCCAAAACUACCUCGAACUAUAUUCAGAAUGCAAACGCCUUUAGAGAUGAAACAAGAGCUUCUCACCGGAACCUGGAAACGUCCGUUGUUACCAGAAGUGGAAUCGUGAUUCUACCUGUGGAAAAGUCUCCAGUGGAGAAGAAGAAAGAAGUUGAACCUGCAGCUGAAGAGGAGAAAGAGGAAGAUGCGGGAGAAGACGAAAAGAAGCUGUUCAAAUGGGAGAAAGAGAAAGGUAUGGACAGGCAACCAAAGCCGGCGGAUACGUCUCCCUAUGCACGAGUUCCAUACCCUCAAAGGUUGAAACAAGAAGUCCAGAAACAACAAUACACAAAAUUUUUGGAUAUCUUUAAGAUGUUACAAGUGAACAUUCCUUUCGCAGAAGCCCUGGAAAGCAUGCCGAACUAUGCAAAAUUUAUGAAAGAUCUUCUAUCAAAGAUGCGCAAGUUGAAGGAGUGCGAAACAGUGGCCUUAACUGAAGAAUGCAGUGCGAUCAUCCAGAAGAAACUUCCUCCCAAGCUAAAAGAUCCAGGUAGCUUUAGCAUUCCUAUAGCCAUAGGAAAUAUCGAAGUAGGAAAGGCAUUAUGUGAUUUGGGAGCAAGUAUAAAUUUGAUGCCACUUUCCAUGUGCAAGGCUCUCGUAAUUAGAGAGCUAAAACCAACUACAAUUUCUCUCCAGUUAGCUGACAGAUCGAUUAGACGAUCUGAUGGGGUUAUAGAGGAUGUUUUAGUAAAAAUUGACAAAUUUAUUUUUCCUGCAGAUUUUGUAAUCCUGAAUAUGGAAGAAGAUGCAGAGAUUCCUCUACUACAGACGAUCUGA